GAAAACCGACCAUAUGUUGACCACUCAAUCGAAUCCAGAUCGUCUCAAAAGACUCGCUAUCAACGAGGAGCAACGAAACAUUAAGCCAGGAAAUUGUAACAAGUUCCUGCAUGUUACGAUCGAUCCAGAGUUCCUGAAGGAAUCAUACGGUGCCCAAGUUUUACCCAAGCUAACCGAGCUGGGAUGCAAGUACGAAAUAAAACCGCAACCCUGCGCAUCCACCGUUACAUUCUACCGGACAAUACCCACCAAGCUGAUCGGCGAUGGAGCGAUGACGGAGAAAACAGCUAACGAACCUUUCGUGGUACAUUUGCUCGAUGGUGGUUCGUUUGUGGCGUACGUGCGGAAUCAUCAACUGCUCGCAGUAGUACGCUCUCUAAAGGAACUGUUUCCGGGCCGGCGACUAAGUUUGCUAGUGUUCGGUUUGGUGAGCUAUUGUCGCGUCCACCGGGGAUGCGUGGGACGUCGCGAAACCGAACAUGCCCUAACGGAAGUUCAACUGUACGAAGAUGUGUCUCACCAACUGCUGGAAACGGACGAACAGGUGGCCAACUUUGUCGCCCAGCUAGCAAGAAGCAUCGCCGAGCGGCCCUACAAGCAGCAACAGAUGGACAAGUACAGCAGCGAUCAACUGUACCUUGGGAACGAGAAGAAAGGAUGCGUACGGGUAGAAGGGACGGCCGGAUUGCAGCAGCUUUAUCAGGCACAGCUCAUCAAGAUACCGUCGGUCACGCUGGAAGUAGCGGAAGCGAUCAUGAGUGUGUAUCCAACGUUGUACGAUCUGCUUCAAGCGUACCGGAACGCUGACCAGGACGCGCCAAACUUGCUGGCGAAUAUUUCCAUCCGCAGGGCCGGUGGGCCUGUCACAACGAGCAAUAGGAAAAUAGGGCCAGAGUUGAGCAAAAAGAUUUAUUUGUUGUAUAACUCAACGAAUGGUAAACAGGAGCUUUGAGAGACUAUUUGUUUUUCUUUAAGGACGAAUAAUAUAUUUCUCAAAAGAAUUAAAU